AUUGAAUAAUAAUAAAAUCGUAUAUUAUUACAAUUUAAAUAUCACUAAAGUUUACACACUCUACCUCACUAAACUGUAAUUUUGAGGUGUAAUAAUGGCUGCUUACGGUACACGUAUAGCCUUGCUCUUUACAAAGGGACAUACUGGGGAAAGCCUGACGAGACUGUUAGGACAGCGUCAUAUCAAAAUACUGGAGAAAAUAGAGAUUUUAAAGGAAGAAGACUACCUCGAGCAGACGUCCGAACAACAUGAACAGAAGGCAAAGGGGACAGAAGAUGUGGUGGUAGAAAAUGUGGUGGUAAAAAAUGUGGUGGUAGAAGAUAUCAAGUCACCAGACCCCGUCAUGCAGGAAACUGUAGUUGCUGAGAGAAGUAACGUGUUAAACCACGUUAAGAAACCUAAGCUAAGUCUAGAGGAGGUGCUGCUACAACACCAAGCUGCAGCUACAGCCGGGAGAGCCAGUACCCCUAAAAACGCUUGGAAGACUCACAACUCUACUUUCAACCAGGCUAAACAGCAACGCAUCCGCACUACUAACCGUACUCCGGGCCGCCGAGCUUGUUAAAUCAUACUCAUUAGCUCUGGAAUUGGUUUGACUAUUUUACUCUGGCUGUGGCGGUUUAUGUUACUUCGGCCUUUUGGUGACAAAAAUUAAAUAGAGAUUCUGGAAACUAACUUUUUUCUCUCAAAUUGUUAAAAUUAAGAACGAACAAUUUGGAGUAGCGUCGGUAAACCUUUAUAACACUUUCUUUUACUUGGCUGCUUCACGCGACUUUUUUUGCAUUUGUCAAAAUUAUAUUUGCAUUACAAGCUACAACCUUUUUUAAAUUUACAAAUCUUUCCAAAGAUUUCAACUAUUUUGCAUGAUGUUUUUAAUGAUUUUUGUUGAACAGAUUCUCGUGUAAUUGAUUCCUCUUUAUUUUCUUGGGUGAAGAUUUAGAUGUAAUAUAUCUUCAUGUUUUUUAAUGUGCUAAUGGUAUUUCUAUUUCUGAUAGUUAUUGUUUCUGAUUUAAGAACGGGUCAAAUGAACACUUACUACGUACGUUGGUAACAACGCAUAAUAUUAUUCGUUUUUUUAAACGAUGCAUCAA